AUGAUGAGCUCCAAGAAACUAGCUCAACUUUCCAAGAAGUGGCAAGGAAUCAGUGCCAUCGGGCGAAGAAGGGUCACAACAACGGACAAGGAUGUGCACCCAUCCUGCAGCUCAGUUGCAGGCAAGGGCCACUUUGUUGUCUACUCCUCCGACGGGAGGCGCUUCGAGAUCCCCAUAGCGUGCCUCCGCACGAUGAUCUUCGAGGAGCUCCUGAGGAUGUCGCAGGAAGAGUUUGGGUUCACAAGUGAGGGGAGGAUCACACUGCCUUGUGAUAUGACUAUGAUGGAGUAUGUAAUGUGUUUGCUCAGGAGAGAGGCCUCUGAAGAUGUUGAGAGGGCGCUUCUCAGCUCCAUAAUAACAACUUGCCACCAUCCAAGCAGAAUGAUGCAAGCAGCCACUGGACUUCACCAGCAAUUUGCUGUGCGCAGCUCUUCAAGAGUGAACGUCUCCAGAUUUUUCUUUCUGUUUUUAUGUUCCAUCUUUUUUCCCGGUUGUACUUUUGGAGCACACCUUUUGUGCAAUGUUUUUCCAAGGGUGCCGUACUGUGGAUGUACAGAUGGAUGCAUGUAA